AGCAUCAUUCCGGCAUAAAAAGAGUGGAGCUAUGCCUUGGAGACGAAAACAUUUCAGCAACAGAAGGAUCGAUAAAGAGGGGAGAAAAAGGUCCCUUAAAAUUCUGGUGUUGCCAUAUUUUUUAACCAAUCUGGAUCCUCCAGACUUCAGCCACAGAUCCGAAGUGCCUUUCCGCCGUUACUCGCCAAGAUGCCCAAAGGAUUCCUGGUGAAAAGGAACAAGAAAUCCGCACAUGUUUCCUACAGGACUCGAACUGAUGAGGAUGAUCUCCAGGAGCUACACACCCCAGCUGCCUUGCCAAGUCACAGGGACCCAUCCCCGCCGAUGUCCGUGGCGUCCAGCCCCGACCGCGCCUCGGUGUCACCAGAUUUCGUUGCAUCCGACGCGCUGGUGCCAAGACUGGAAAAGCCGGAGCAGUUCGGCAAUCCAGAAACGGUGUGCCAAGCCAUCUACAGCCCCACCCGACCCAUCAGCAAGGAGCACGACAGGGGAUAUUUUGAGCGAAGUUUCAACCUGGGCUCGCCCGUUUCUGCAGAGUCAUUCCCCGCAGCAGCCUCUCUCUCUGGCCUGGAUCACCUCCUGUACGCUCCGGUAGAUCUGAAAAUCGGCACCAGCAACAGCAGCCGCGGCGGCGCAGCAAUCGCCACUACCAGCAGCACCAGCAGCAACAGCCUAUCAGCACCAAACAACCGGGGCGCAACCAAGCGACCCGCCACAGAUGGAGCAGAGCGCAAACCGAAAGCCGCCUCAAAAAAACCCAAAGCCAUCAGGAAGCUCAACUUUGAAGACGAGGUGACCACGUCUCCGGUGCUCGGGCUGAAAAUCAAAGAGGGGCCGGUGGAGAUGAAACCCAGAGCGCAGUCCUCCGGGGGAACCAAACCUUUAGGAGAGUUUGUGUGCCAGCUGUGCAAAGAGGCGUACGCGGAUCCAUUCUCCCUGGCACAGCACAAAUGCUCCCGCAUAGUCAGGGUCGAGUACCGGUGUCCCGAAUGUGACAAGAUGUUCAGCUGCCCCGCUAACCUCGCCUCUCACCGCCGCUGGCACAAACCGCGGACCAGCGGUGGCGCGCCGGCGGCGGCGCCCGCGCAGAGCGUCAAGCCAGAAGUGGCCAAAAUGCAGCCGCUGGGCGUCAAGUCGGUCUCCGAUGAAGCCAAAGACACGAGUGACAGAGACACCCCGAGUCCCGGGUGUUCCGAAUCGGGAUCAGAAGACGGCUCAUACGACUGCCAGUUCUGCGGGAAAAGGUUCAAGCGGCAGGCGUACCUGAGGAAACACAUCCUGGCUCACCAGGCCCUGCAGAAGAAGGUGCUGGAGGAGCACGGGUUUCAAACCAGCGAGCGAUCAGCGCCCGAGCAGCCUCCGGUGUCCGCCCCCUCCUCUUCCUCAGCAUCAUCAGAGGAAGCCUCAAACCAAAGCCCCCUGAAUCUGAGCCCGGUGGACUGCCUGCUGUGCCCGGUGUGCGGAGAGAGUUUCACCAGCAGGGCCGGUCAGGAGAGACACCUGCGCCUCAUGCACUCCUCCCAGAUCUACCCGUGCAAGUACUGCCCCGCCACCCUCUACAGCUCACCGGGGCUCACCAGGCACAUAAACAAGUGCCACCCCUCGGAGAACAGGCAGGUGAUCCUGCUGCAAAUGCCGGUGCGCCCCGCCUGCUGAAGAAAAAAAAACAGAACUUGUGCCUUUGAUGGGGGAAAAUGAAAAUCAAAAAAAUCAAAAAAGUGGCUUUAGGUUGAAAAAAUAAAAAAUAAAAGCCCACUGCCAUAACUUUAGACCAAUGAAAGGCAGGGCUGUUUGAUGUUUAAGUGGUGUCUUUUCCAUGCCAAUCAGUGACUUUUGAAUGCUUGUCUCUAUAUUUGAACUACAUAUAGGCCUAUUUUAAAAUUUUAUUUCUCAAAUUAGUUUAUCAAGAGGGGGAGAAGGAAUACAAAGCGUUAGUUUGACUGUUAAAGGGUAUUUUUCUAGCACAGAACAUGCUCAAUGAUAGCUUCUAGACCUAAGAAAUGUCUUAAAUCUCAGCAAUCUUUCUUCUCCCCAUCAAAGUGUCUUGAAUUCACCGACCGUGAUUGCUCUAUCACUGUAGCUUUACGCCUGUUUGUGAAGGACAGAACUUUAUCAACUUUGUCUUGGUGGAAAAAACAAAAAAGUGUGACUGAGAAUUUUUCCCUGUUUAGUAGAACCACAAAUGCCUUUAGUAAACAGAAAAGCCUAGUCUUAAAUAGCCUGCAUACACAUCCAAAUCCUGCUGUAAAACUGCCUUAAAAAGUCAACAUAGAUUGUUUUAAUUUUGAUUGCUGGCACAUAUUUUAUUCCUAUUAUUAUUGAAGAUUGUUGCAAUAUUUUUUCCAUCAUAUUUAUUUAUUUAUUCUAAUUAUUUUAUGUAACUUAUUGUGAUUUUUUUCCUCUUGUGAAUUGUUCUGGCAGUUUACAUGUCGUAUAGCCAAAUGUCUUUUAAUUUUUUCUUUUUUAAUUUAUUAGUUGUGAUAAUUGUCGUGGGUCGGGUUUUAAUCAACAAAUCUUCACAGCUCUUGUGUUU